AACGCAUCGCGAGGGUUGCUGUGCACAGUCGCUUGGAGAUGGGGAGGGGUAAAACAAAAACAACAAAAAAAUUGAUGAUAAUCAUAGUAAUCAAAAGGCGCUGCGUUUGAACGUCCGCCCAUGUUAACGAGGCCCGUGGAUUUGAGUCGGGGUUAGGAUGGCGAGGAGGAUUCCACGCGCGGCUGCAGCCACGGGGCCUAGUGAGUGCGUGGAAGCGCGGUGCAAUGAGGGCUCGAUGCGGAUGCUGCUAUAAAGCCGCCCUUGCCGCCCAGGGAUGCAGAGAAAAGAGGGAGUGAGAGAAGGGGGCGGGGGGGGGGGGUCGUGAGGGGAGAGGGCCACAGAGGCACCUACCUAUAAAACACAUUCGACUACUACUACUCGUUCCACUGCUACUACUGCUACAGUCACCCGAGAGGAAGUAAUGUAGAUACAUUCAUACUUGUUUAUAAACUGUACGUGUUUGUGUGUGAGUUCCACUCAGCUAUCAUAAUAUUAGGUACACCUGCAUCCCCCUCACGUAUGAAAAUAAGGUGUUAUUAUCGAUUGGAAGCACAUCUCAGGAUGAUGCACUGCUGUUGGACACCACUGCAAACUAUAAUCAUAAGAAUAGGCAUGUUGUUGAAAAUGAUGGCUCUUAGAAUGAAAUAAAAAUGUGCAUUAUUAUUUUUUGCAUAGGCAGAGUUACUAAAAAGGACAUUUUGGUAAGACCGGAUUGUAAAUGCAUUGAAUGUGGAUCAUUGUUUUACUUUUUGUUUUAUGAAAAAGUGCUGAAGCGUAUGAUUAUAUAGAUGUUGUUGUAUGUUUACAGUUGUGCCAAUAAGUUUACAUACGCUGGCAGAAUUUGUGAAAUAUUGGCAGUUUUAUGGAAAAUAUGAUAUAGUGGUCAUGUUUAUCAACAGUAAUUGUUGUUAGCACAGCUGUUCAUGAACAUUAUUUGUGUUUUACAUAGCACAUUGUAAUUUGGGUCGCUAACUUCUUAGCAUGCUAAUGGGCCCCCAUUUCAUGGAAACUUUAGAUGACAUCUGUCAUGGCUUGUUCAUUUGAAGAUAAAUUGAAUUUUUAAUUCCGAUGCUACAGAUGAUAGUAAAUGAUCCUGGGAAAAACUGGCUAAUGUUCAUCUUAGUUUAGUAUGUUAGCAUACUGCUAUGAGUGAGAAUGUGGCUAAGAUUUUUUGCCCCGUUGCCAAAUAUCUGCAGGACUGCCUGUGUCAUGGCAAAAACAUGUUUUGAGGAAAUUUUCCAUCGAAUGUCACAUGAUAACUUGGAGCCUAUAAGGAUGCAGUUUAGUUUCAUUCGGUCAACACCAAGCGAAGUUUCUCUGCUCACCAUUUAGUCGAAUCCUAUUAAUGCAAUAACAAUAUUGUAUAACACCUCUCAUUUCUCUGUGUUCCUCUAGUGUGUGUGCCCCCACUACCUGCAUUAGGUUGUGAUGACCCACACUGCAUCCAAAUGUUUCUGUGACCCUCCCCAAACCUGACUCCUAACCUCUAACCCCUGACCUUUGACCCCCUCACUAUGGGCAGUGUUGGCAGUGGGGUGGCAGGCGAGCAGGAAUUUGCCAUGAAGUCCGUAGGCACGAGGACCACGCUGCCCCGCGCUCCACCUCUUUCGCGCCGUUGCCCCGGCGACCGCAGCUGCAGCGCAGAGCGUCUGCCCCGCCCCCCCGCGACUAUAUCUGACGGGACGGCCUCUAGCGACGAGCGAGGGAGCGUUAGUAUCGGCACCGGCACCUGUACCGACCGGCCCACUGAAACGGCCUCCACCACCAACACGGAAUGUACCAUGGCGGCGCCCAACAACAACAGCCAGCUGGAGUGCGGCAACGCGGCCCUCAGGAGGGAGUGGGAGAGGGAAAGGCAACGAGAACGGGGGAGAGACAGGGACCGGGACCGAGACUGGGACCGGGAGAGGUUGGAUAGGGAACGAGAGCGGGAGAGGAACCGGGAGAGAGAGCGGGAGCGGGUGGAGAGAGAAAGACUGGAGCGAGAGCGGGAGAGGGAACGGGAGAGAGCUCGAGAGAGGGAGAGGGAGCGGAUCGAGAGGGAGAAGAUCGAAAGGGAGCGGGAGCGAGAACGGGAACGAGAGAGGGAGAGGGAACGAGAGAGGCUGGAGGGGGAACGACUGGAACGGGAGAGAGAGAUGCAGGCCGCGGGUCUGGACGUCUGCGGGAACGUCGUGGGCCGAGGAGCCAACGAGAAGAACAGUGUUGGGGUGAACCAGCAUCAGCACAGAGAGAUGGUAGCCGCCAGAACCGACGGUGAAAAUAACCCAGCGGGACACAACCCGCCCAAAAUCAUGGCGGUGUCGGGAAAACUGGAGCAGGCAAUGCAGAGAGACACCGGUCUUGUCCGUCCCUCCGCCUUCAAACCGGUGGUUCCGAAGAGUUUCCACUCCAUGCAGAACCUCGUGGGCCAGGCAGGCGGGGCUGGGAGCGAGGGCAAAAGCGAGGCGAGGGCCGAAGGCUUCUGUGAGGGGAGAGGUGGCAGGAGAGGCAGGGAUGGUGGAGGGGGGGAGGCAGGAGAAGUGCCGGAGGCCCUGCUCCUGGACCAGGAAAGCCCUGUGAGGGUCACCAGAGGUGAGGGAGUGGGAAACCCUAAUGAGGUGGUUCAGGGGGGGAUGUCCGACUCAGGCAGGAACUCUUUGACCAGCCUGCCCACCUACACGGGUUCGGGCUCUGGUUGUGGACCUCCGGCCGUACUUGGGCCGCUUAGUGCUUCCACAAGCCACAUCAACAGGUUAGGCAUGGCCGGUGCGGCAGCGGGCUUGGACAAGAUGGAGAAGCCCGGCUACCAGAACGGGCUUUGUGCCUCAGACAGUGGUCGAUCUUCAUCGGGGAAGAGCUCCUCGUCCUAUCAGAGGCUGAGUCACAUGAAUGACGCACCCGGACCGUUACGCCCCUCCCCUUCCUCGGAUGACAUCAUCCAGGACCUGGAGGACCGCUUAUGGGAGAAAGAGCAAGAGGUGCAGCACAUGCGCCGCAACCUGGACCAAAGCGAAGCUGCCAUUAUUCAGGUGUUUGAGGAGAAGCAGCGAGUAUGGGAGCGACAAAUGGACGAGCUGAGACAGAACUAUGCCUCGCGCUUGCAGCAGGUUACGCGGCGUGCACAGCGUUCGCAGACCGCCCUGCAGGCCCAGAUAACCCGUUUGUCCCAAGACAAGAGAAGACUCCAGGAGGAGAUGGCAGCCCUACUUGCCCAGCGAGAGGAGCUGGAGAGAAAGUGUCUGGAUUACAGGAAGGAGCAGGCUGACAUAUUGCCACGUCUGGAGGAGACCAAGUGGGAGGUGUGUCAGAAGGCCGGCGAGAUCUCCUUGCUGAAGCAGCAGCUGAGAGAAAGUCAAGCUGAGGUGACGCAGCGGGCCGGAGAGAUGGUGGCUCUCAGGGGCCAGCUCAAGGAGCUCAACGCCCAGCUGAGAGAGCAGGAGGAGGCCAUGCUCGGACUGAAGGAGUCCUACAGCUCCAAGAGUCUGGAGUUGGAGAAGUGCGAGGCGGACCUGAGGAGGACUCUGUCCGAGGUUUCCAUCCUCCGAGAGAAGCUUGGUGUUUUCGAGGCAGAGGUCUUGAGUCUAAAACGAGCCCUGAAUGAAGUCAGCAGAGGAGCCGAGGUCGUCAUGAGCCCAAAUUUAGCCGCCGCGGGCCUUUUGCCACCCUGGGGAAUGGUCCACUGCCCGCGAACUCCCGGUGAUCAAUCGACCAACUCGCUCCCCCCUACGGCCGACACCCUGCUGAGCCUUCAGAGUGAUGAAGCCAAAGCUCAGAGGCAGGAGGCUCAGAGGCAGCAACGAGAAGAAGCGCAGUGGCAACAGCGUCAGGACGCGCACGCGCAGCAGGAAAUGCAGAUGCGGCAGGACGCUCACCUACGCCACGAAGCCCAACUCCGCCAGGACGCUCACCUCCGCCACGAGGCCCAGUUGCGCCACGAAGCCCAGCUCUGUCAGGAGGCCCAACAGCGGCAGCAGGAAGCUCACUGGGACGAAGCGGGCGAGCUGCGCAGACAGCUGGAGCAGCUUCAAGCCGCCUUACGCCUCGAGCGCCAGCAACGCGAGCGCCAAGCCCUCAACUUCGACCAGGAGCGACACACCUGGCAGGACGAGAAAGAGCGGGUGCUGAAAUACCAAGCCCAAUUGCAGCUGAGCUACGUGGAGACCCUGCAGAAGAACCAGGCUUUGGAGAAACGCAUGAGCCAACUGGGGAACAAACCCAGCGCCGCGUGCACCGUUCCCACCACCACUGUCACCAACACCUCCCCGUCCUCCUCCUCCGGUUCGCCACCACCGCAAUCCCUCUCGGCUCUGUCUCCUCAACCGCCUCCAUCCCUCACCCUCACCCUGUCCCCGCCCUGCGAAGACCAGAAGGGUCCGCCUUCUCUCCACCAGCUUGCCCCUCCUUGGGCAGGACCUUCACGCCUGGAGAGGAUAGAGUCCACUGAAAUUUAAGAACACAUUCAGAGAAACUCGAAAUGCCCACUGACCACAUCACAUCGUACUGUAAGAGCAUUUCAACUGACCACACACAAAAAAAAACACAGAAUAUUUGAAGGUACAAGUAAGAUGAUCAAAACAGAAAGUAUAUCAAUUUUUAGACAGCCUUCCUCCAGGACAACAAACUGACAAUGUUUAGGUGACAGCACUAACACAGCGGUCGUUGAUUUCAUUCCCGUGCCAGGAAAAAAAUAAGGACCAAGACAAUCAGGGAUAUUGUCAGAAAUUGCAACAACAGUAUUAUCAUUAUUAUUAUCAUGCGAUAUUUAUUAUUCAUUGUAGGUCUGUGUCAGUCGUAUAAUGUACAAGUAGAACUAGUGGUCAGAGUGUGUGACGUUAACCUGCAUUUUUGGCCAGAGAGCGCCUUACUCCAUCGUUUCCAGCAUGUGUACGAGAAAUAGUCGUGCUGGGGUUAAAAAAAAAAAAAAAUACAAGUGUGAAUUCAAUUUUUAGUGCUUUGAUUAUAUAUAUGUCUAUAUAGGUCAAUCACUUAUUUCUCAUUCGGCGACAUCACACUGGACUUUUAUCAUUGAAGUCAGUUUUCAUUUCAUGCACAAUGUCCAACAUGCAUGAGUCAAACAUAUCCUCAGAUACAACAGAGCUUAUAUUUUCUCAAAUAAUACUAUUAAUAAUAAAUUGAAUAUAUGUUGAGCUGAUAAUCAACCCAAUCCAAAUAAUGAGUUUGAAGCGUUUACCUUCACCUGCGGUGACUAAAACUGAACGCUAGUGGUCAGUGUUGAUCUACAAUGGUGCUCCGAGAUGACUUUCUUUCCUCCUUAAACUGUAAAACAGUGGAAAGAAAUGAAUGGAAGCACACCAUCUCAAUUAGUCAGGAAAUAAAUCCCAAAGUGAAAAAAAUAGAGAAUGUAUGAUAAACAAGAAAUAAAUUCUUAUAGUUCUAGAUUGUACAUGUGUGUGUGUGAAUGAGGGAAUGUGUGCGUGUGUGCCAGUUUCUAAAGACGAUAGAGGGACUAGUGGCAAUACUGCAAGUAAAUCUAUAUUAAGAAAGAAUUAUUUCAUUUUUUUGAGGACAGUAGAAUGAACAUGGAGGGAAGUAGGUGUUAGAGUUUGUGCAUCUGAUUGCAUAGUUUAUUUAGAUUGAACAAUGGGAGAAUUCAGCCUAACUGCACUACAUCAUGUCCAUGCAGUUGACAUGUACAUUAGAAUCCAGUGUGAAUAUCAUGGCUUUUAUAUGUGGUGUACAUGCCAGCAUACAAAGAUGUUGCUCAAGAAUAUUAACGUAUCGCUAGGGUAUCACAUAUAGUAUGAUCAUCUUUAUUACUGUUAUUAUAAAUGACAAAGAAAAUGUGCCAUUGAGUUUUCCUUUGUGUUUUUUUAACUGUGUAGAUAGCCUAUUGGUCUAUCAUAUGGAGGUGUAACCAUAGCAACCUUGUCCCAAAAAAGAGAAAAGAUGCUCCUUUUGAUGUAGGUGAUAAAUGUAGUUGCCACAUUGCAUAACUGUUUAGAGAGCAAAAUCAAUUUUAUACAUGUUUCAAGUUUAUUGUUUAUAGUUAUGUUAUUAGUAUUGUUCUGGCUUGAUUAAAACCACAUCUUUGUUAAGAUCAGAUGACUGAAUAAACGUGAAUAAUUCAGCU